AUGAGCCGCCCACAGAGUAAGACACCGAUGGAACCAAAUGAGGACCAACAACUUCAAGAAGAGAUCGAGCUUUUAGUGAAGCGUGUCCAAGAUCCUGAUCAAUCCAUACAAAGCAACGCCAUUGAGUUACUCCGCAAGACUAUCCGUGGGACUAACUCAACUUCAACAACGAUUCCAAAGACUACCAAAUACCUCCGCCCCCAUCUGGACACAUUAAAAGCAUUCCACGCGAUGUUACCAUUUGGAGAGACUUCAAAACUUCUUGCCGACGUUUUGAGUGUGUUGGUUAUGACCAGUGGAGAGAAGGGAGAAUCGUUGAAGUAUAAACAACUGGGACAUUUGGAUGACUUGGGACAAUGGGGACACGAGUACACCCGUAACUUGACAGGGGAAGUGGUCGAGAAUUGGCAAAAGGAAGGAGACAAACUGAAGGACAUAGCAAAGAAACUUGUCGAGUUCCACGUCGAACACAACGCCGAACAAGACGCGAUCGACUUUUGCAUCGAAACUGAUACGUUGGAAAUGCUUGAGGGGUUUUGUGAGAGAGCAAGAUUUGAAAAGGUGUUUGUGUACGCGACGUCAUGUGCGACGUAUUACCCCGAGCCUGAAGACAAAAAGAUAUAUAACUUCUUGUUGCGAGUAGCGCUGAAGCAAAAGAGAUAUACCGAUGCGGUUCGAUUAAUGCUCAAAACGAACGAUUUUGGUGGGUUGAAUGAUGUCAUUAAUGCAAAUAAAGGGAAUAACGGAAUACUUAUGCAGAUGGGGUACAUCUUGUCGCGGGUUAGAGACGAUGCCAUACUAUCUUUGGUUGAGGACGAGACGGUGAAAAAGGCUAUGGUCAACGAAAACUUGUCGGCACACUUCACAAGUCUUGUAAAGGCACUUGCACUCGAAGAGAUCAAAACACCACAACAAAUAUGCACAACUGCUCCACCACCAACAAGACUGACUAUUUCCCAAAAACCGGAACCACAAGAAUCUAAAGAACUUGGGUUGUGUGUUGCGAAUUGUUUGGCUAAUGCAGGGUUUGGGUACGACAGUUUGAUUCAUUCAGAAGACGGGUCGUAUGUUGUGAAGGCUCGCUCUGAAUUACAGGUGGCUGCGGCUGCUGGAAUGGGGUUGUUGCACCUUUGGAGACCACAAGAAAUCGAACAAUUCACCACAUUUACACAAUCUGAUUCUAUGUAUGUGAGAGCUGGUGCGUUGUUGGGGAUUGGAACGUGCUGCAGUGGUGUGAAGAGCGACGUAGAUUUUGCACAAGUCUUUUUGGCAGACAAAUUAACUGCCAGCACCUCUGCUAUUGAACGGAAAUUGUCGAUAUUUGGACUUGGCUUGUCGCACGCGGGUAGUCGAAAUGCCGAACUAAAAGAGCAGUUAAUUGCUGUCUUGAAUGAUAUCACUGCAGUAGGCUUUGAGACUGCUGGACAUGCCGCGAUAGCCCUUGGUAUGAUCUACGAAGGGAGUAUGGAUGGAGAAAUUGCAGACCAAAUUCUUUCAAUAAUUUUCUCGAACGAUGGUAAUGAGGAGUUUUUAAAAAGCAUAUCGUGCAAGAUGUUGGUGAUUGGUCUUGGUUUGUUGCACUUAUGUUGUGGUGAUGCGUCUACUUUGGUGAUGGACACAGUCAGAGCAUUGCCAUCACCAGUUAAUCAAUACGCAAUGUUGGUUGUGUGCUGUUGUUCAUAUGCUGGCACAUCGAAUAUUGUCAAAGUGCAACAGUUAAUGGAAGGGUGUGGCAAACAUGAUGACGAUGAAGAGACAAAGGCAUGCGGAGUAUCAGUGAUUGGUGUUGCCUUGGCGUUGAUGUCUGACGACUUGUCCACUGAGGCAUCGACUCGGCUUAUUGACGAAGUCCAGAGAUACAGUGAGCCAGCUGUGAAGAGAUACGUACCUUUUGCUUUAGCACUCACUUCUAUUGGAAAACCAAAGGUCCCAUUGUUGGAGCAGUUGACACGACUUGCGCAUGGGAGUGAUAUCAUUGCUGCUCGAAAUGCUAUUUUAGCUAUUGGGCUUGUUGCUGCAGGAACACAAGCGACUCGAGCGGUUAGUCUUUUGGAUCAAUUGGCGUGCUUCUUUGUCAACGACCAUCAGUCAUUGUAUUGUGUUAAAGUAUCACAAGGUCUUAUCCAUCUUGGUAAAGGGACUAUCGGCAUUAACCCAAUGUACAUGGAUAGAUUUGUGAUGGACCCGGUUGCAUUAAGUGGGUUAUUGACGUUUAUACUCAUUGCGGGAGAGGGGAUGGAGAGAAUAUCGGGAUUGAACACUUACAUCAUCAACUCGUUGUGCUUGGCCAUGAGACCACGCAUGUUCAUGCCUAUUGAUGACACAGGAAAGGUCAUCACCACAUCAUGCAGAGUUGGUGUUGCUGUCGAUGUGGCUGGUCAGGCAGGUACUCCAAAAACCAUCACUGGUUUCCAAACACAUAACACCCCUGUUCUCAUUGGUGUUGGAGAAAGAGCGGAAUUGGCUGCAGAAGACUACUCUGCGUUGUCUAGUGUGUUGGAAGGUGUUGUUGUGUUGAAGCACAAUUGA